AUUUGUUAUCACAAGUCUUACGAGUUGUUGAUCUUCCACUCUCUCCUAUUUGAUCAAAAGGCUCAAAAUGAGGCUGCUUGUAUCUCUGGCUGUCAUCUGUAUAACGCUGUCAACAGCGAGCGGGUUAAAGUGUUACACCUGCUGGGGAGCAAACCCCGGCACCUGUAACGAAGUAUGGCAAUGUCAUCACCAUUUUGACCGCUGUUCCACGACCAUAGUUUCUGACAAUCAGAUCAACAAACAAUGCAUGAGAAGCGAUAUGUGCCAUAUAGUUCGUUCGACGGGCAUCAAAUGCUGCGACACAGACCUGUGUAAUGGAACAACACGCAACGGAGUCAGCGUUCUUCUUCUCCUAGCACCGUUGGCCAUCAUCAUGCGCUUCAUCUGAAGCUUCAGGUCCUAAUUUGUAGAUUUCACGAAAUAAUAUCAGAUGUGGUUCUUUACAUUUCCAAACAUACACCCAAAGUGAAGGAAGCGUAGUGGUAAUCUACGAGCUGGAAAGAAAAAAAUGUGGUCGUCUUUCGGUGAGAAUUUGCUCUUUGUACUGAAUCUGUCUCUGAAUUUCCAAUAACUUUUAUGUUUUGUACGUGUCCAUAUUCAAAAGUGACUGUAUAGUUUGAAAUAUUUGUGCUGUAUAAAUGUCAUGUACCAGAUAUGAAAUGUAUAUUUUUUAAAAAAUAACAUAUUACACUUUGUGAAACUAUGGAUGAUGAUUAGUCAUUGUUUGCUCACGUAUAAACAAGACCUUUGUCACA